AUGGAACCCACUAAAGAAAAAAAAGACAAAGAUGAAGAGAAACAAAGAAAAAAAGAAGAAAAAGAAAAGAAAAAACUUGAAAAAGAGCAAGAGAAAUUAAAAAAGAAAGAAGAAAAAGAAAAGAAAAAGAAAAAAGAAAGUCAAACAAAAGAAGAGAAAUAUGCACCUAAAAAAGAUAGAUCAAAACGAAGAACAUUAUUUUUCUUUAAGAAAAAAGACAAAAAAGAAUUACCAAAAAGUUUAACACCAGAAUUACCUAAAAUUAAUAAAGAAAUACAAUCUAAUGGUUUAUAUCAACCAGUUGAACAAACAAUAAUACCAAAAGAAUUAACAAAACAACGUACUGAUUUACAAACCGAUGCUUCUAGGAAUAGUACUUCUGAUGAAAUUCAUUUAUUACCAAAACAUGUUUUAGAAAAUGUUUUAAUGGUAUCUACUCAAAUUGAAAAAAAAUUUAAUUUUUCUGAAUACCAAGAAGAGAUUGAUUCAUUUAGAAUGUUAAACCUUAAUCAAAUAGCAUAUGUUGGACGUGAUUUAUAUUUAUCUUCUUUAAUCGAUGUACUUCAUUUAUUACCUUUAAUUUAUGAUAAAGAAUAUGCUCGACAAUUAUUGUUUUAUUCUCACGAAUUUGACCCAGAAGAAAUACUAACUGAUUUAGUCUCUUGUUUUGCUAAUUCAUUUGAUUCAACAAAACCACAACGUGAAAAAUAUUGUACAAAUUGUGUUAAAAUUAUUUCUUCUUGGUUAACAACAAGAGGAGAUACUUUUACUAAUGAAAAAUUAUUACUUCUUGUAAGAGAUUUUGUUGAAGUUUUAAAACAACUUGUUACUACAAAUGGAUUCUUACAAUCUGCUGUUGAUGAAGUAGAUAGUAAUUUAGAAAAAGUAUUUGUUUCUAAAGGAGUUGUUUCUAUUCAAAAACGAGUGUUAAAUCAAGUAAAAGUAGUUGGUCAAGAAGGGGAUAUAACAUUCCCAGAAAUUACAAUUUUAGAUGAACAAUGUCUAGAUUUAAUUCCUGAACAACUUGCCAUUAUAGAAUUUAUGUUUUUAUCAAGAAUUAAUCCAUAUGAUUAUUAUUGUUAUUUAGAUAAACAAACAAGAGAGUCAUCAACAGUAAAAAGUUAUAUUUAUUGGCAUAAUUUAAUAUCUCAAUGGGUUGCUUAUGAAAUAUGUAGACAUGAAGAUAUUGACAAAAGAUAUGAAUGUAUUACAAUGUUUUUCCAAUUAUUAAUAAAACUUAUUCAAAAGAAAAACUUCAAUUCAUUUGUAAGUGUAAUGAAUGGAUUAAAACACCAAACAGUCAAAAGGUUAAUGCAUACUUGGAAUAAAUUAACUAAAAAUGAUUGGACUGUUUAUCAAGACUUAGAAAGUGUUCAACAAAGUAUUAGGACUAACAAUUCAUCUAUCACUUUACAACCUCCUUGUGUUCCUGAUUUUAUGCAACAAAUUGAAAGAAUGCAAAAGAUGUAUGAUAAAAAGAAAAGAGAAAAAAUUAUUUCUUCAACUAAUUUAAAUGAAAAUAAUGAACCAGAAUAUAUGAUUGAUCUUUCAAAAUAUGCUAGAAUAGGUGCAGUGAUCGAUGUAUUAGGAACAUAUUCAGUUGGUUCAAAUUAUAAAGAAAAUAAACAAAUGCAUGAAUUCUUCAAAUCAACUUUGCAAAAAUUACCAUUAGACGAUUUCAGUCUUUUAGACCUUUCCUUAAAAGUUGAACCUCCUCAAUAA